AGCGUGGCUGGCGCUGCAGUUGCGCAGCUCCGGUCCCGGCCCUUCUACCCCUCCGCACCCUGCCGCCUCCUGACGCCGGGCGUGACGUCACCACGCCGGCGGCCGCCAUUACAGAGAGCAGAGCUUCGGGGCUAGAGCGAGUGAAGGAGGACAGCGGCCGGUGGCCGAGCACAGAGGGGCGAGCCACAGGGCCAGCGCUAGCGCCGAGCAACCGCCAGUACCCGCACAAAUACUCCGGGAACCGGCGGCGGCGUGUGCGUGUGGCCCGUGUGCGGGCGGCGGCGCGGGAGGAGCGCGGAGCGGCAGCCGGUUCGGGCGGGUGGCAUCAUGGACGAGAAGGUGUUCACCAAGGAGCUGGACCAGUGGAUCGAGCAGCUGAAUGAGUGCAAGCAGCUGUCCGAGUCCCAGGUUAAGAGCCUCUGCGAGAAGGCUAAAGAAAUCCUGACAAAAGAAUCCAAUGUGCAAGAAGUUCGAUGUCCAGUCACUGUCUGUGGAGAUGUGCAUGGGCAAUUUCAUGAUCUCAUGGAACUGUUUAGAAUUGGUGGCAAAUCACCAGAUACAAAUUACUUGUUUAUGGGCGAUUAUGUUGACAGAGGAUACUAUUCAGUGGAAACAGUUACUCUGCUUGUAGCUCUUAAGGUUCGUUACCGUGAACGUAUCACCAUUCUUCGAGGAAAUCAUGAGAGCAGACAGAUCACACAAGUAUAUGGUUUCUACGAUGAGUGUUUAAGGAAAUAUGGAAAUGCAAAUGUUUGGAAGUAUUUUACAGACCUUUUUGACUAUCUUCCUCUCACUGCCUUGGUGGAUGGGCAGAUCUUCUGUCUACAUGGUGGCCUCUCACCAUCCAUAGAUACACUGGAUCACAUCAGAGCACUUGAUCGCCUACAAGAAGUUCCCCAUGAGGGUCCAAUGUGUGACUUGCUGUGGUCAGAUCCAGAUGACCGUGGAGGUUGGGGUAUAUCUCCUCGGGGAGCUGGUUACACCUUUGGGCAGGAUAUUUCUGAGACAUUUAAUCAUGCCAAUGGCCUCACGUUGGUGUCUAGAGCUCAUCAGCUGGUGAUGGAGGGAUAUAACUGGUGCCAUGACCGAAAUGUAGUAACGAUUUUCAGUGCUCCAAACUAUUGUUAUCGUUGUGGUAACCAAGCUGCAAUCAUGGAACUUGAUGAUACUCUAAAAUACUCUUUCUUGCAGUUUGACCCAGCACCUCGCAGAGGCGAGCCACAUGUUACUCGUCGUACCCCAGACUACUUCCUGUAAUGAAAUUUUAAACUUGUACAGUAUUGCCAUGAACCAUAUAUUGACCUAAUGGAUAUGGGAAGAGCAACAGUAACUCCACAAGUGUCAGAGAAUAGUUAACAUUCAAAAAAACUUGUUUUCACACGGACCAAAAAGAUGUGCCAUAUAAAAAUACAAAGCCUCCUGUCAUCAACAGCCGUGACCACUUUAGAAUGAACCAGUUCAUUGCAUGCUGAAGCGACAUUGUUGGUCAAGAAACCAGUUUCUGGCAUAGCGCUAUUUGUAGUUACUUUGCUUUCUCUGAGAGACUGCAAAUAAUAAGAUGUAAACAUUAACACCUCGUGAAUACAAUUUAACUUCCAUUUAGCUAUAGCUUUACUCAGCAUGACUGUAGAUAAGAAUAGCAGCAAACAAUCAUUGGAGCUUAAUGAACAUUUUUAAAAAUAAGUACCAAGGCCUCCCCUCUACUUGUGAGUUUUAAAAUCGUUUUGUUUAUUUUCAGGGAUACCGUUUAAUUUAAUUGUAUGAUUUGUCUGCACUCAGUUUUAUUUUCCCUUCUCAAAUCUCAGCCUCAUGUUGUUCUUUGUUACUGUCAGAACCUGGUGAGUUGUUUUGAAUGGAACUGUUUUUUUUCUCCCUGCUGUAAGAUGAUGUUACUGCACAAGAGCACUGCAGUGUUUUUCAUAAUAAACUUGUGAACUAAGAGCUGAAAAAGUCAAAUUUUAAUUGUAUCAAUGGGCAAGACUGGUGCUGUUUAUUUAAAAGAUACAUCAAUUGAUAAAUUUUAGAAUUGUAGAAUUCUAGGAAAAAAUAAAAAUCAAGGCCACAACAUAA